AAUGCCAAUAAUGCAACAGAAGAUUUUCGCAAAGAGGGUUCAUUGGCCAAAAUCAGCAAACUUUUACUUCAAACCUGUCGCUCUAAAUAUUCAACGUGCACGUCAGGUCCACCAGGCCCUCCCGGUCCACCCGGACCCAAAGGAAAUAGAGGGCGACGAGGACAGAAAGGAAAGGCUGGAAAUAAAGGUGAUAGAGGAAUUAUGGGAUCACCAGGAAAGAGAGGAAAGCAAGGCAGUAUAGGACCGAUGGGCUUAAAGGGAGAGACUGGAAACAAAGGACAGAAAGGAGAAAGAGGAGGGACAGGCAUGCCAGGAACUAAAGGAGAACCUGGUCAAUCCAUUUCAUUUCCCACUGUUGUUGUUUCACCUGCAACUUUGACGGUUAACGAAGGUAGAUCAGUCUCGUUUCAGUGUUCAGCCAGUAGCAAUCCCGAGCCUACAAUAGUGUGGAGUAAAGUGAACGAUCAGUCAGAAAUCAUUCAAACAGCGGUUUCAGAAGGAAGGUUGCAGUUAAGGCAAGUGACAGGAAACGACUCAGGCUUAUAUCAGUGCACAGCAACUAACAUUCUAGGAAAGGAUCAGGCAACAGUGCAGUUAGAAAUCAACGUUCGUCCAAGUGUUACCCUCUCUCCUGGACCUAUCUACGCCAUUGAAGGAAGUGACGUCACCCUACCAGUUUGUCAUGUGACUGGUCAUCCACGUCCUGUUGUCACGUGGAGGAAGUCGUUCGGUCAGUUACCUCAUGGGAGGGAUAAGUUCAACAGUAGUGUCAUCAAACUUUUUAACGUCCGUAAGAGUGAUUCUGACAACUAUCUCUGUACCGCCAAAAAUCUUUUAGGAAAUGCCGUAAAAAGAACUCAGUUGGCAAUUGUCUCCUUGCCCCAGUUCACCGUAAAGCCAUCUCCGACAGUUUUUGUUGUUGUUGAUGACACUUUGACGUUAAACUGCAGCGCCACCGGUGAUCCACUUCCAAUCAUCAGCUGGAAAAGACAAGGAGCUAAACUACCUGUGGGAAGGAGUCACAUGACAAGCCAGGCGCUUACCUUGAGGAAUAUGACGAUAGAAGAUGUUGGCAACUAUAUCUGCGUGGCUACAAGUGCAGGGGUUUUUUAUGCAGAUACGACAAGUAAUGUUGAAGUAAAAACUGGAGUUCGUUUGGUGAAUGGCGGGGCAGCCUAUUGCCGGGUGGAGAUCUAUUACAGUGGGCAAUGGGGAACGGUGUGCGACGAUCACUGGGAUAUCAACGACGCUAAUGUAGUAUGUCGUGAGCUGGGUUUUUCACGCGCAACGUCUGCCCCGCCCAGAGCGAAAUACGGUCAGGGAUCUGGUCGCAUCUGGAUGGAUGAUGUCAACUGUCAUGGGGGAGAAAAAAGUUUAAGCCAAUGUAGUCACAGGGGGUGGGGAUCGGGAGAUGGAGGCUGCUCUCACAGUGAAGACGCGAGCGCUGAAUGCGCCUGAACACUCAGCAACUUAAUAUCGACGUGAUUUUUGUAUAUUCUCGCAUUUACAUCAAUGAAAUAACAAACGACUUAAAUAAUACUGACGUUAAUAUAUGACAUCAUUUAGUAUCAUAUAUAUGGCCAAGUAAAAGCCCACUACAGCGGUAUGGGAAAGUGCCAAACCAUCUUACGGUGGGUUGUGGCUUUCAGCCCUAGACAAAACCAACACGAAGGUUUGAGUUUCAAAUUCUCACAAGGAACCCAUUGUCUUCUUUUCAUCACGCUUUUUGCAGAUGUGAACAACUUUCUUUAUUCGAUGACCGAGCUAACAGUUUAGAUCAUCUCUCGUAAAUUACAGUUCAAUUGUUUUUGGUAAGUAAAGAGGCCGGCUAAAUUGCCGAAGGAUAAUGCAAUAUGAAAGUGUGAAACAUACAUAUUGAAGCAAUUUCAAUCAAUUUGCUUCACAAAAUCCAAUGGAGCUACCUCAAUGUCUGUGGAGUUUUGCACUAUGUACACAUAGAUAUAUAAAUUUAUAUUUAGAUCAAAGAUGAAAAUGAACUGAAAA